AUCCAUUGCACCUCUUUUUUUUAUUUUUUCUCUCUCCCCUUUUUUACAUGUGCUUACAUUGCGUUUUUAUAUACCCUUCAUUAUUACAACCGUCUCACUACUAAAAAAGGAAGAACAAAAAAAAAAAAAAAAAAAAGGAAAGAAACAGAAGAAAAAGAGAUAAUAUACGCGUUCUCAAUGAGUUUUGACAAGAAAAAAGGAUCGUCCCAUAUUCCAAACCAUGAUGCCAAUAAUAAAGUAUUCGCGGCCAUUUUAAAAACGUUGAUAAAUAUGGAGAAUAAUACACCCACCUCUCCGAAAGCUUUAGCCGAUACUAUUGUUAAACAUCGUGGUCAACCAGCAGCAUUAACUUCUCUCAAAAGACCUCAACACAUUGACAGUAGCCAUGACAACCAGUUGUCAAUGGAUGUCAAACGCAACCGGACUUUGAAUCCGUUUCAAAUCAAAGAGAUCGUCAUUGGCAAUAUGCAAUGUUACCAGCUGGAUGAUGAAGAUCAAAUCAAAGUCCUACGCUUUAUUGCAUUGAUACAACCAAAGGAUGAUCAUAAACAAAGUAACCAAUUAAAAAAAGACUAUAUUAAUGCCACUCAUUUACGGAAAGCUGCUACACCCGUGCUUGGUGAAGGUAUCUUUGACACACAGAAAGAAACGCUGGUCGUCAUUAUUACCAAAGGUCCCUUAGAAAGCCGAGGCGCAUGGGUGCCAUUGUACAGAGCGAGAGAACUAAUUGAAGAGUUUGAGAUUGAAAGCUCGGUUGGCUUAACAAAACUCUUGAGUGAUCAUCCUGUUGAUUCCCCAGCCAACAUCAGUAUCCAAAGAGAGAAACCGGUUGUAAUUAUACCCAGUCGAAAGCAUGCGAAAAUUGCGCCUUCCACCAAACACCUCACGACUUCUGAAAUUUUAAAAUCCAUGAAUAUUCAAGCCCUCAACCUUUCUGCACUUCAACACAUGAUGGCUGUUAUGCCUCACUUGGCUUCACAAAUAUUACCACCACAACCACAACUACCACAAUCAAUACCACCAUCACCAUCCACAUCACCCUCACCCAUAUUGGUGGAGACCCCACCACCACCACCCAGUAUACCCAUUGUUUAUCCUAUUCAACCUACAGAUCCACCCAUGACCAUCACACUGCUUGACAACGUGACUGUCUGUAUUGCCAUCUUGCGGAAACAAGAAGAAGAGGAAGGAACAGAAACCGAAUAUCGCCUGAUGCGUCGACUGGAUACGGGAUAUAUCAACGGUACACAGCUCUUGACGGCUGGUGGUAUUGAUACCGAGAGUGAACGUAGUAUGAUCCUUAGUUUUGAAAUGAGUCGAGUUCGUAUCUUGAACAAGGCCAGUCAAUUGUAUGGUACCUGGAUUCCUUGUAGACGAGCUCAAGAAUUGGCGGCUACUUGUUCUAUACAACAUAAAUUGGGACCGUUUUUGGAUGGCGAUGUUGAAUCCUUGUUCCCGAGCCCUUUACCAGCAGUGAAAAGAAGACAAAGUGUACCCGUCCCGAUACCCUUGACGGAGGAAAAAAAAGUCUUGUUGACACAUCCACAUCAUACAUUAAAAAUAGCAGAGAUGAACACACAACAUGCACCAUUAUUGGGUUGCUUUUCGGAGGAGGAAGGGGAAAAUGGUGGAGAGAGACAAGUGAAGGUGAUUGAUCCAUCCUUGACGGUCAAGCAUGAAUCGGAGUCUGAUAAUGAAGAGACGGAUACGGAUGAUGAUGUAGAACAAGUACGGAAAGAAAUGCGGCGUAAACGAGAUGCUGCUAUUGCCGCUAUGGCAAUAGGGGGAACAGAUGAGCAACCGUUAAAGAUAAAAAAGAAGCAGCGGCACAGACAUCAUCGCCAUAGAAAAGAAGAGAGAACAACAACAACAGGAGGAAAAUGGUCUGCUGCCAAAAUGGUGAGUCAAACCAAAUCAGUAAUCAUUAUCAAAAAGAAGGACUUGAAAAAGAAGGAUCCUGUGACGCACACAAUGGUGAAUGAAGAUGAUGAAGAUGAAGAUGUCGAUAUUGGCGGCUCUGACAAUGAUGAUGAUUUAAGAUGAUUAUUCCCACCUUUUAUUAAAAAUCAUUUAAGAAACUGUUGAAAAAGAAAAAAAAGAAAAAACUUGUUUUUUUAUAGCAGUUGCUCAUUUUUAAAGUUAGAUAAAAUCUGCAAUUG